ACUGUCACUGCCUCUUAUGACUCUCAUUCAUCACAAUCCGAAGCAGCGUCCCAAUGCUUUCAGCAGCCUCAAUUCCCGUCCUUUCCGCUCCCGUACCCGUCUCAAUACCAGCAACAUCAGUGGCAAAGCCACCCCCUCCGCCUCCGAACACCAACCUCUCCCUCCUCCACCUCUGCACCCACCUCCAAGAAGCCACCCAAGUCCAUGCUCUCAUGGUCAAGACCUCUCAAACCGCCGACCCCUACUCGGCCGGCCGCCUCGCCGAAUUCUACGCCCUCUCCGACCGAGGCAGCCUCGAGCACGCCGAGAAGAUCCUCGAUUCGUUCCCACACCACCCGCCCACCUUCGUUUGCAACACCCUGAUGCGUGCCUACUCUGAGAGGCGGAAUCCCCUCCUCUCCAUUAAUCUUUAUCGCCGGAUGCUCGUGGAUGCGGUGGAGGCGGAUCGCUUCACCUUCACGUUCACGCUCAAGGCGUGCACGCAGCUGUGCGCGCUUGCGAUCGGCAUGCAGAUCCACGCGCAGGUCGUCAAGCACGGUUUGGAGUCCAACGCUCAUAUCCGCAAUAAGCUCAUCCACCUGUAUGCUGUUUCCGGCCGGAUUCGUGAUGCCCGCAAGGUGUUUGAUGGAAGCACUGAACCGGAUGUUGUUGCAUGGAACAGCAUGUUGCAAGGGUAUGCUGACAUGGAUGAUGGUGAGAAUCUUCACAAUCUAUUUGACAGCAUGCCGGCUCGUGAUGUGGUAUCUUGGAAUACGAUGAUCGCAUACUACAUUGAAGCGGGCGAAUUUGAGGAAGCCAUUUUGAUGUUUCGGUUGAUGCAACAAAGCAGCGAGUGUGGACUAAAUAGAGUGACUCUGAUUAGUGUUCUUUCUGCUGUGACCCAGUUGGGAGCAUUGGGCCAGGGUCAGUGGGUGCAUGCAUACAUCAAGAGACAUGCCAUUGAGCUCGAUGAGAACCUUAGUUCAGCACUGAUCAAUAUGUACUCAAAAUGUGGGUGCAUUGAAGGUGCAAUUUAUUCAUUUGAGACGACGCAUCGGAGAAGUGUGGAUACUUGGAAUGCGAUGAUAGGCUGUUUCACAGCAAAUGGCUGCAGUUUAAGAGCCAUUGAUCUAUUCUCCAAGAUGGAGGCUUCUGGUCUGAUGCCGAAUAAGAUCACCUUCACCUGUGUUUUGAAUGCUUGCAGUCAUGGAGGGUUGGUUGAUAGAGGCAUCAGAUAUUUUGAGAAGAUGAGUAAUGUUUAUGGCAUCGAACCUGAUGUUGGUCAUUAUGGGUGCAUGGUGGAUCUUUUCAGCCGUGCAGGUUUAUUCGAAAAGGCUGAGGAGAUCAUCCAACGAAUGCCAAUUGAACCUGAUAAAGUCAUGUGGAAGGCCGUAGUAGGUGCUUGUAGAGUUAACAAAAACUAUGAGUUGGGCGAGAAGGCUGGACUUAAGCUUAUUGAAAUAGAUCCUGAUGACAAUGCUGGAUAUGUGCUGCUAUCGAACAUAUAUGCAAUGUCUAACAAUUGGAAUGGGGUUUAUAGGGUGAGGAAGCUGAUGCAUGAUAGAGGCAUAAAGAAGGUACCUGGUUGCAGUUCUAUAGAACUGGAUGGCCUGGUCCAUGAAUUCAUCGCUGGGGAUGCAGCUCAUGCUAGAAAGAAAGAGAUAUAUAAGAUGCUUGAUGAGAUGGCUCAGAAGUUGAAGCGUGCAGGAUAUGAACCUGAUACGACACAGGUUUUGCUUGACAUUGAAGAGGCAGAUGUGAAGGAGAGCUCUCUGGCUCUUCACAGCGAGAAGCUGGCAGUAGCCUACGGACUCAUCAGCACCAGCCCAGGUGCCACCAUUAGGGUGGUGAAGAACCUCCGCAUAUGUGGGGAUUGUCAUUCAGCAUUGAAACUUCUCAGUCAGAUUUAUGACAGGAAUAUAAUCGUCAGAGAUGCAAACCGUUUUCAUCACUUCAACAGAGGAUCCUGUUCUUGCAUGGACUACUGGUGAUAUACAGCUACUAAUUGAAAUUAUAUACGUACAGAAGAAUUUCUUUCCCUUCACUGAAGAGUGUACAUACGGGGAAUCAUAUGAAUGAUGCAGCAAACUUCAUUGGAUGGAUCAAUGAGCCUUUAUCUUCUUACAUGAAACUCCCACCUCUGUUCCUAUAAUUCAUCUUCAAUCAUCUUUCCCUCUGGAAUUGGGAUAACUUAUCUUCAGAUUAUCACAUUCUAUGAGAUACCUGUCUGCUAAAGACCUUCAUUUUCCUCCAGUGGUGCUAUUACUAGUUCUUAUUCCAGCUUGACAUUGGCUUCGGAAGUGCCCUAACUGCCUGUUGUCUUCACAAAUACUGAUUGGUUUUGGGGUGAAAUCGAGUUGCUUGGUUUGUAUGUUUAUAAGGUACAUAAGCAUCCAGUCAUAUCUUGUCAGAUGAGACCCCUUAUUAUUUGCUAAAAUAUUUUUUAUUAACAGAGAAUAGACUGUAAAGUUGCUUUCUUGAUUGAGGAAACUAUCUUUGUAUCUAUUUGCUGUAUACAUUGAUCCUUCCUAAAUCUCACAUUGACAAGAGUCUGGUUU